AGGUCCCGGCAUUCAUCGAACCGAACACUUCGGGGGUUUUGAUCGUCGCGGGGAUGACCCGAAAAAAAUGUGCGUCGUACCGAUGUGGCUGACGAGGCUGGAAUCAGGCCUCGCGCGAUCCACUGUAGCUGUUAGAGGAUGCACAAGCUAGCCAAGGGCCUGAAGAAGAAGAAAAAGCAGAAGAAAGGCAAGAAGGGGGCAGAGGACGACGAGUUCGACCCGGAGGAGCUCGAGCGUUAUAGGCGGGAGCGGGCGGAGGCCCAGCAGAAGGCCGAGGAAUCCGGCGAGCAGGCCAGCAACGCCGGUUCAGACGAGUGGAAGAAGUUCGAGGCGUUAACAGCCGGUGUCGAUUCGAUCUUAAAGAAGACACAGGGCGAUCUAGAUCGAAUCAAAUCGACCUCGUUCUUCCAACGGAAACCGCCGUUAGACGAGAAGACGAACAAGAAACAGGAGGCUGACGAGGGUGAGAGCCAAGAGGAUCAGGGCAAGAAAGGCUCGAAGAAGUGGGUCGGUUUCGACGAGGAGGGUAAUCCCAUCGAAGAAGAGCCGCCCGAUUUCGAGGGGAAGAAAAAAGAGGAGAAACCGUUGGUGAACGAGGACGGUUUCGUCGACGUGCCAGAAGACAACGAUGACCACGAGGACUCGGUCGACGAGGACAUCUUCGACACCACAUACGUGGACGUUCUUCAAAACAUCGACGUUCAACUAGCUUACAUACCGGACAGUCCUACGGAAGAGGAGACCGGUGACGAUCCGUUCGACACCACAAACGCGGACAAGGUACUAAAGACAGUCGACAAGAAAGGUAACAAGUUAGUCAGUCUAGGGAACGCGGUCGAGGUACUCUCGGGACGGAUCGAUUACGUCAGUUCCUGCAAGAUCACCAAAGGCAGACGACCUAGGGUUCAACAAGACCUAUUGUUAGAUGACUUCGAAGAGCCUGAAUUACCAGCCGAGGCAAUCGCGAACGCUGAACCCGUUCAAGUAGAGAAGACCUUGCUGGAUGAUGACAGCGAUCUUCCGGAUAUUCCAAUCGAUCUAACGAAACUUCCGCCCGUUCUACCCAGACCGGUCAGUCCAGCAGCCACUCAAGAGACCGCUGCGGAGACCAAACAAUCGAACGAGCUUGAUAUCUCCGAGUUCGAGAUACUGAAAGAGAAAAAUAUCCUAGAGGAGAUUCCCGACUUGGACGACGCCGAGUUCGAUCUAUCGACCGCGCCCGAUGAACCGGUACGUCUCGAGGAGGCCGAGGAUCCGUUUGGCACCAAAGAACCGGAAGCUCUAGACUUCCAGUCGGAGAUCGUCGAGGCAAGCUUCGAGGCUGCGACCUUCGUCGACGAAGAGGAUCCGUUCGACACCACCUUCGCCGAGAAUAUUCUCCCGGGUAAGACAGAGCUGAAAUUCAUCGAGAAGGAGCUAGAAGAACUCCCAGUCUCGGAGGUGACGAUAUCCCUUACCGAUCCUGCUGGCCUGCACAGAGAUUACGAGACAGGCUUGCUGACCCAGAAGCAUGACGGUAGCUUCAAAGAGAAGAAGGAUCUUCUAGGUGGAUCGACCACCGAUUUAAGCCAGCUGGUAGACCAACCGAUAGCACCGGUCGAGGACAUCACUUACGUCGACCCGUUCGACACCUCGACGGUCCACGAAAUCCCACCUGGACAGACAGAAUUGAAGUUUCUCGAGGAGGAGUUGCUCGGGGAUCAGACGAAGCAAUCGAACUCGUUGGAGGACGACGACUUUGAUCCCAGAAAAGAGGAACAAUCGACGUCGCCAAUUCAACCGAUUCUCUCGACGGCUCCACCGAGACCGCCGGUACCAAGUGCUCAGCCAACUUUCGCGGUUGAAUUCGAAGUAGAGGAACAGGAAGCCAGCGUCGAGGAUCACGCACGGAGAACUUCGCGACCGGAAGCCCUCGAGUUAGCACCCACGAGGGCGGUUGCCUUUGAGCUACCGACACCGUCCAACAGGCCAGACCUCCUAACCACCACCGAGGAAGAAAAGACUCUCCCCUCGAAACCUCUGACACCGUACUAUUCCCAGAAUUCCAUCGAGGGAUCGUUGUUGACCAAGGAGGACGUCAAUCGGUCGAAACCACUGACACCUUAUUAUUCCCAGAAGUCCAUCGAGGAGGAGGAAGUCGAUGUCGAUCCGUUCGACACGAGCUUCGUGGCGAAGGUAGCUCCCGGUAAGACGGAACUGAAGCUGAUCGAGUCUGAACUACUCAAUCAGGAGUCGAAGUUGCCCCACAGUUUGAGCGACCACGACUUCGACCCAAGAGCCGUGAACGAGCCCGCCAGAAGGCAAAGUGACUUCACGGCCGCCACUGUCCGACCCAGGGACUUGAAGAUCAACGAGAUACAGAGUACCGUGUUGCAGAAGUUCGCGGAAAAACCACGGAUACUGGCCAAAAGGCAAGAGAGUCUGCUGGACGCUGAGAUCGAAGUGGACGCCAAGCCUCUGACCCCGAGGAUCGAAUCGAAACCGAUCGAAGAGGAGAUCUCGUACGAAGAUCCGUUCGACACCUCCAUAGCAACGAAUAUCCUGCCUGGUAAAGCGGAACUGAAGAUUCUAGAGAGCGAACUACAACAGAUCUCCGGAGUAGUACCGGUCAGACCAGCCCCCAUCGAUUUGACAACAAUAGUAGCGUCCACGGUUUCGGAAAUCGACGACUUCGAUCCCAGAGCAGAGGAGAGGAAGGAAUCCCAGGAUUUUUUGUGCAUCGACGAUCAAGACACAGGCGCAAAGGUUCUGACACCGUUGCAGAACGAAAGUCCCGCGUUCGGGGAGGACGUGGACCCAUUCGACACCAGUGGAAACCCGUUCCUGAUGGACGAUUACGGGGCGGAGGAGACGGACGGACAGGCCGGCCAACAGACCUCCAAUCCGUUUCUCCAGGACUUCGCGACGGACACAGGAACCACUGGGGAGAAUCCGUUUUUGAACUUUGCCGCGGAUCAAUCCUACCAGCCGCCGAUCAGCGUCGACUCGACGAACCCGUUCGCCUCGUUCGGCGUGGACACGUCCGCAGCGAGCACGGGUUUCGAUACGACCGCCACCACAGCCGCGACCGAUACACCAGCGACCGAUAUAUUCACUAGCCAAACCAGCAACAUUUUCGCGACGACCACGACAAUGAUGGCCGAGUCGUCGACGGAUUUGUUCGAUACGGCAGAUGAGACGUCGCAGUCGCCCGAGGAUAUGUUCGGGAAACCCGCUGCGCCGGAAGUGGAGCCACCAACACCACCGCAAGCGGCGGCAGCACCAGCGUUACAACCGAAGAACGGAAGACCAGCGCCAUCUAGACCACCGCCGCCGAGGCCGCAACCGCCGGCGCCCCCGAAAAACACCAAGGAUCUGAUCCUGUCCGUGACAGGGGCCAUGGACGCGACCUCCAAUCAUCUCCUGGACCGGUUGCAGGCUACCAGAACACCCAGCCCAACAUUGUUGCACUCGCCAUCCCCGACACCGGAGCACAGUUUCGCCGACCUGUUGGACGUGGACUCGAACGUUCCGGAUCUGAUGUCGGACGACAGUAAACCCGGCCCGAUGGAACCGUCGACGAACCAGGAUAUCUUGGACCUGUUCGACGCGCCCAACACCGACACGACAACCACCACAAUCUUCUCCAUUUCUAUGACCACCGGCGACACGACUAGCCUGGUCACCGGGACAGCUUUGACCACAACGACCAUCGGGCAGGACAACCCAUUCGCCAGUAUGACGGACGACGAAUCGUCCAUUGCUCCGACGGAAGACGCAUUCGCGUCGGACUACGCGGAGACAGCGUCCAUCAGCAGCGAGAAAAGGCCCUCUGUCGUGUCGACGACAUGCGUUGUCGGCAGCGACACAGACGACAAGACUGUCACUGGCGUAGACUUCGCAGCUGAGACUCCAGUGGUCAGCGAGUACCAACCUUCCAUGACCAGCGCCGAAUUAUUCUCGACGGAUCAGAUUGUGACGGCUACAUCCGAUUCCACGUUCUUUUCCGUCACGGAGACGACCACCGCGGCUCCGUUUGGUGUCCCAGAAACAGCAAGUCCUCCAUUCUCAGCCACCCCAGCGCAACCACCGCCCACCCCAGCCCUGUUCGACACCGCUGAGACCGCUGUCCCAUCGUCUCUACCUGGCGGUCCGUUCGCCUCCGAUUUACUGGGUGACUUCGGGGGACCUGGCGAAGACGCCACCGUUCCAACUAGUCCACUCCCAGCCGCGGAAUUCCCCGCCAGUGGGAUGUACAAACCGGACGAGCAGUUGGAUAAUUUCGCGGCUACCGCCAAGACGAUCGAGAGCAGCGGCGAUGCUUUCGAUAUUUUCGCGUCCAAGUUCAAUAAGGCGGCCGAGCCGGACGCUAAUACUGAUCCGUUUUUGGACGCUUUUGGGGGUGGGCCCACCGCCAUGGACACGUCCAGCGACGUUUGGGGCGAUUCCUCCGCGACUGGAUCAGAAACAGCAGUGACCGGUUUCGGGGAGGCGGAUGGAUUCGACUCGUUCCUCAGCAUGACCGCCCCGCCACAAGAGACCAAAGUGAAGAGAUCCGACUCAGCGGAGUCCGACGAGGGUCCAGACUUCAGUGUCUUUAUCAAACCGAAAGAAGGAGACCAGUCUAUGGGCAUCGAGGGUGGAACUGUCCCCGUGUUGGCCCCACCGCCAAAGAGCCCUCAGAACUCAGCGUACGCGGAUUCCUCGCCACGAUUCAACCCGUUCGACAAAUCUGGAUUCGCUCAGGACGCUGUCUUGCCUACGGAAACCACUCCGACCGCGGAACUGACCAGGACCGAUUCUCAGGAAACACCACCCACACCCCUGUUCGAUGAGGACAUGAGUCAACCGUUGGAGGAUUUCCCGAGGGUGACCUACACAGGCGACGGAUGGGAGAUGCAGUUGCGUCAACCGAACAAGAAGAAGGUGAUCACGGCUCAGCGAUUCUGGAAGAAGACCUUCGUCAGGGUGGUCUACCAAGGCGACAAUCCUGUCCUCCAACUGUUCAACAACAAAGACGACAAGGACCCGUUCCAGGAGCUACCUCUGCUGCCCUGCUACUCGGUCUCCGACAUCGGGGCCCAGCAGUUCGAUCAGUACGGCAAGAUCUUCACGUUGAAGUUACAAUAUAUCUUCUACAAGGAACGUCCAGGUGUCAGACCCGGUCAGGUGACAAAAGCGGAGAGACUUACGAACAAGCUCAGCCAGUUCGCCGCGUACGCCAUUCAGGGUGAUUAUCAGGGGGUGAAAGAGUUUGGUAGCGAUCUGAAGAAGUUAGGUCUUCCUGUUGAACACGCGCCACAGAUCUCGUACCUGUUCAAGCUAGGCUCGCAGAAUUACGAAGACAUGAAACAGUUGUCCUACGCGAUCGAGGAGGCUCUGUUCAGACUGCCCGCCCAUCGGGACCGUGCGCUCAGUUACAAGAUGGAAGAGGUCCAGAUAACGGUGGUAGACGAGCUCUAUGUCGAGCAGAAUUUCGAGGGUCACGUGGAGAAGCAGAUCGCGCGGGUUCGAUUGUUCUUCUUGGGUUUCCUAACAGGAAUGCCCGACGUCGAGCUUGGAAUAAACGACAUGUGGAGGCAGGGGAAGGAAGUGGUGGGCAGGCACGAUAUCAUUCGAGUGGUGACCGAGGAAUGGAUUCGUCUGGAGAACGUGGAGUUUCACACCUGCGUCCAACAGGACGAAUACGAAAAGACUAGGAUCAUAAAGUUCAAGCCGCCCGAUGCAUGCUAUAUCGAACUGAUGCGAUUCCGUGUCAGACCGCCUAAAAACAGGGAGCUUCCCCUGCAGCUUAAAGCUGUAAUGUGCGUUACCGGUAACAAGGUAGAGCUGAGAGCGGACAUUCUGGUGCCAGGAUUCGCGUCGCGGAAACUGGGCCAAGUGCCAUGCGAGGACGUGAUGGUCCGGUUCCCGAUCCCCGAGUGCUGGAUCUACCUGUUCAGGGUCGAGAAACACUUCAGGUACGGCUCGGUGAAGUCCGCCCACAGGAGAACCGGGAAGAUCAAGGGUAUAGAGAGAUUCCUCGGGGCUGUCGACACCCUGGAACCGCAGCUGAUGGAGGUCACAUCGGGACAAGCGAAAUACGAGCAUCAACAUCGUGCUAUCGUUUGGAGGAUGCCCAGGUUACCGAAACAAGGCCAAGGUGCGUACACAACGCAUCAACUGGUCUGCCGUAUGGCUCUGACCUCCUACGAUCAGAUCCCCGAGAAUCUCUCGGAGUACUGUUACGUCGAGUUCACGAUGCCGGCUACCCAAGUGUCUCACACGACCGCGAGGAGCGUCAGCCUUCAGAACAGCGACAGUGACAAUCCACCGGAGAAAUACGUGAAGAACCUAUCGCGGCAUGAGUACAGAGUCGGUAUCGAGCACACGCAGGGCGACGGGCCGGGCGCUUACGUGUCGGCGACGAUCGCCAAGAAGCUUCCAGAAUCGACGCCAGAGGUCCAGAGCGAGGCGUCCGACGCGCCCGCCGAUUCCGAUUCCGAUUCCACCGAGUAAAUGUCGUGGACCGCGUCAGGUAACGUAUCGACGCUGAUGAAACGCGCGAGCGGUGAACAGUUACUUGCUAAUAUACAUAUAUACAUAAUAUACAUAUAUAGUCGUUGAAACGAGG